AUGUACGAGCGACAAAGAGUCUGGCGUGCCUGUCAAGCAUGUCGUCGCAAGAAGGUCAAAUGCGACGGAGAGCAUCCAUGUCAGAGUUGCACUCGGAACGGAGCCGAGUGCGUCUUCGAGCAGUUUAGCAACAUGAAGCUAGUGGAUCCACAAUAUGUCAAGAAACUUGAAAAUCGACUCGCUCAGAUGGAGAAGGAGUUGAAACAGCGCCAACUCAGUGCAGAAAGCAGAGUUUCUAUCGAUUUAUCUGCACAGUCUUCAAAUGUUACGGCUAGCUACCAGGGCUCUUCUCAGCCGAUACAGAGUGCUGUAUCCGACCCGACGGAUGAGUUCCUAGCACCGUUCAGUGCAGCAACCCCCGCGUCAGAAUCGCAAGCGCGUGAGAAUUGUAUCAAUGUACCGGAUGCACCGAUCUUCGACAAUCAUGACUCCCAGCAUGGAGAGGUUGCGAUACUUCCGGAAUCUACCGCAAUCGAUGUCACACGGCUAGAAGAACCCAUCAUUGAAAGGUUGAUUGAUGUCUUCUAUCAUUCAAUCUAUCCCAUCUUCCCCAUUGUCCAUCACCGCAAUCUGCGGUCCCAAUAUGAAAACUGGCUGUCUGUUCGCGCAGAUGGCCGACAUGAAAAUGAUGGUGAUUUUUCUGCUUUACUGUAUGCAUUGCUCGCCGUUGCUGCAUCAGUUACCCCUAAAAACCAUGCUGUUUUUGAUCAACAGGGGCUCGAAAUAUAUAAAGAGGUGGACCUGGGAGAGUUGCUUUACUCCCACGCAGCCUUCCUUGCUACGAGAGCAUAUCGAGGGAGCGCCAGGUUUCCCAUGAACAUCGUCAUUUCCCAAGGACUUCUCAGUCUUUAUCUCACUGAAGGCGGCAGAGUCAAUGAUGCAUGGGUCACUGCGGGUCAUGCCAUCCGACUGUACCAGGGAUUGGAUUUGGAAGAGAUUACAGAUACGUGGCACGAACAUAGCAAGCUCUGGUGGUGCUUGUACAUUUUGGAUCGUUCACUAUCCACGGCGCUUUUGAAGCCUUUGGCUAUUGAUGAUGCGGAUAGUGAUAUCGAAUCCUACACCGAACACGAGCCCCCAACCGACGCCAAAACAGACCCUUGGUUCUCUGUAAUUGCGGACUUCCAUGUAACAAUGGGUCGAAUAUACAGAUCGGUGCGACGUAUUCGCAAGUCCAACCCGUCUCAAACCGCCAAAUUGAGAGACACGCUGCGGUCGCAUGUGAAAAAGCAUGAUGCUGAGCUAGAGAGAUACUACAGGAAGCAGGUGUUGCCCAAGAUUAAAGAGCCUCACCAUCAAAUUGGUCCUCUCGCCCUGCAAACAAUUGCUAUCUCAUCCUAUUACAUCGGAGUUGUACUCCUGUACCGGACAUUCAUUGAGCGAUUGAAUAUUGCAGAGCCUGCAGCGUUUCUUCGAUGUGCCGAGGCUGCAUCCAGUUGCAUCAAACUCACACCUCAAGUUAUCGCAACCGUUCCCGCCAGUCAUUUCGUCAUCCAACAGAGCCGUGCAAUAUACGCAAGUGUUAAUGUUCUUUUGCAUUGUAUGCGUCUUGCCCGCAACCCAAGCUUUACCAAUAAAGCCUGGUCAAAUGUUGAGAGCGGCUUCAAUAUGCUACGCAAUCUCAAGAUAAAAUGGCCGGAAAUCAAAAAAUAUCAAAAUCUCACCGAGGAAGAUAUGCGAUUUACACAGUGUGAACUUGCAAAGUACGAUCUUUUCUACCACACAUUUGGCCGGUAUGGUCAAGGGACAGGAACCCAGAGGCAGGGCGACAUUUCACCCACAUCGACUGCCAGCCCCGUUCUCAGCCUAGAGGACCAGGGAUGCUCUGAUCUACGUAACGUUCAUCCAGAAGCAACCAGAGAGCCUCAAGAGACAGAAUCAACAUUGACUCGAGACGGUGAGUCUUCUGAGAGACAAUCAAAACGGCGAAAAGUCACACCCGACUCCUUCUUUCCAUGUGAUCCUACAGCACUAUUUGAUCUAUUACCGACAUCCGAAGAGUCUCAGGAGGCUGAGCCGCAAGACAUGGUAAUGCAUAAUGACCUCUCUGAAUCACAAUCACUAUUUUUGGGAGAUUUUUCAGCGGAAUUUUUUGACGACUCAAUGCUCCUCAGCUCCAUUGAGCAAUUUUUGUCUUAUCCAAGCGAAUGA